UUAUGGCAACUUUAUUUGGCGGCAUCCAUUGUAUAGCUUGGUUUUUUGCCUUCCCCAUAUACUAGGAGCUGGUGCUAUGGCACACAAGUGCCGUCGCUAUAAGUUGCAUACCCUUGUUUACUGCCACUACUACAUGUUUCUUGGUCUCCCUGCUUUACCUGUGCGAACCACUAGCGAUCUGCUUGAUGGCCUGCGCAUUACUAUGUAUCAUGUUAUACAUCACAGCUCGUGCCUUACUCUUGCAGUGUCAUGGGCUAAUUGGGUACCGCACUUGAUCGUGGUACUUAUUAUCCACUUCAUAUGUUUGUGAUGAUAUUCAGAUGUAGUAUUCUUGUGACAAUAGAGCUACAUCAUGAUAGGUACAUGAUGUAAUUCUAUCUCGCUUGUCUAGUAUCUACAGGCCUCUAAUCAUUG